AUGGCUUCCCGAAGUAAUCCCAAUGUUCCAAGCAAGCAGCGGCGCACUGCAAGCCGUGCCAAGGUCCAACGGCGCAAGUCAGUCAACAAAGUCACCAAGAAUCCUCGAGGCACGGCGAAAAGCAAUGUCCUGUGUCCCACCAGCGGGCCAGCCGCGCCCCUCUCGGGGAAGAAAGCAAAGAAAUUAGAAAGAGCACAGAAUCAUGCAAGAAGAAGAGCAAUUGAGCUGGCGAUGGAGAACGAGGGCGAAGUUGAGAUGAUAGACCCACCAACCACGAAAGCGAAGACUGAAAAUGCCGCCAACGAGAAGAUGGAACUUGAUGACAUAUCAUGA